CUCCUCCACGUGGGGACGCGGGAUGGCGGCGGCGGUGGCGGACGAGGCGGCGGCGCGCGACGUGCAGCGGCUGCUGGUGCAGUUCCAGGAUGAGGGCGGGCAGCUGCUGGGAUCCCCGUUCGACGUGCCGGUGGACAUCACCCCGGACAAGCUGCAGCUCAUAUGCAACGCGCUGCUGGCCCAGGAGGAUCCCCUGCCACUGGCUUUCUACGUCCACGAUGCCGAGAUUGUCUCCUCGUUGGGGAGGACGCUGGAGUUGCAGGCGGUGGAGACAGAAAAGGUUCUGGACAUCAUUUACCAGCCACAGGCUAUCUUCAAGGUCCGCGCGGUGACCCGCUGCACCAGCUCCUUGGAAGGUCACAGCGAGGCGGUCAUCUCUGUGGCCUUCAGCCCCACGGGAAAGUACCUGGCCAGCGGCUCUGGAGACACCACGGUGCGCUUCUGGGACCUCAGCACGGAGACGCCGCAUUUCACGUGCCAGGGACACAGACACUGGGUCCUCAGCAUAGCCUGGUCUCCGGACGGCAAGAAGCUGGCUUCGGGCUGCAAGAACGGCCAGGUUCUCCUGUGGGACCCGAGCACAGGGAAGCAGGUGGGCAGGACCCUCACGGGCCACAGCAAGUGGGUCACGGGCCUGAGCUGGGAGCCGCUCCACACGAACCCCGAGUGCCGCUACGUGGCCAGCAGCUCCAAGGACGGCAGCGUGCGGGUCUGGGAUACAACCUUGGGCCGCUGUGAGCGCAUCCUCACGGGGCACACCCAGUCGGUCACCUGUCUCCGGUGGGGAGGAGACGGGCUGCUCUACUCCGCCUCGCAGGACCGUACCCUCAAAGUCUGGAGGGCUCGCGACGGCGUGCUGUGCCGGACGCUGCAGGGCCACGGCCACUGGGUGAACACCAUGGCCCUCAGCACGGACUACGCCCUGCGCACAGGGGCCUUUGAGCCAGCCGAGGCCUCGGUGAACCCCCAGGACGUCCAGGGGUCCUUGCAGGAGUUGAAGGAGAGGGCCCUGAGCCGGUACAACCUGGUGCGGGGCCAGGGCCCAGAGAGGCUGGUGUCUGGCUCGGACGACUUCACCUUAUUCCUGUGGUCCCCAGCAGAGGACAAGAAGCCCCUCGCUCGGAUGACGGGACACCAGGCCCUCAUCAACCAGGUGCUCUUCUCCCCGGACUCGCGCGUGGUCGCCAGCGCCUCCUUCGACAAGUCCAUCAAGCUGUGGGAUGGCCGGACGGGCAAGUACCUGGCUUCCCUGCGCGGCCACGUGGCUGCCGUGUACCAGAUUGCGUGGUCGGCCGACAGCCGGCUGCUGGUCAGCGGCAGCAGCGACAGCACCCUGAAGGUGUGGGACGUGAAGGCCCAGAAGCUGGCCGCCGACUUGCCCGGCCACGCGGAUGAGGUGUACGCUGUCGACUGGAGCCCAGAUGGCCAGCGCGUGGCAAGCGGGGGGAAGGACAAGUGCCUCCGGAUAUGGAGGAGAUGAGACACCCCACAGCGCUCCGACCCCCAGCUGGACCCGGCCUGUGGCAGCUGCCUGCCCAGCAGCCCAGCGGCCAGGUGGUGACCCGGAGAACGGGUGGCCUGCUGGCUGUGCUCGGACCCCAGCGGGGCUCCUCCCCAGCACUGGAGUUCGAGGGUCACAGGAGGUUCCCGCGGAGCUCAGCCCUCGGCCCUCCCUCUGGGCCUUCCUGGUGCCACCAGGGUCGGUGGGAGGCCAGGCAGUGACUGGGCCGCUGCCGCCGCCCCUGCCUCCUGUCCCUGAUGUCAGCCCCAUGUAGGGGCAGACCCCAGAUUCUGUGACCAAAUAAAUAACUUAUAUUUUGUGUGUCUGGGUGAU